CUGCCAGCCGACCACGCAGUUGCAAUGUGGGCUCUGCUCCGUUCGAGGUCGCAUUCUUCUUGAUCCUUUUCCGUGGCCCCAAUGCGGCGAUUGAAAGGGAGCCGCGAAGCCGUGGGAGCCUCGAUUCGUGUUGGCCUCUUUCCUCGCCGCUGGUCGAACCUUACUGCAUCUGCAAUUUGGAGCUUCGCGAUUUCAGGAUGAACAACGAAAAGAGAAACGCAAGGUAAAAAUUUCUUUCAAAAGCAGAAUCUGUAAUCAUUUGGGGUUUUGACUGGGUUCCUCGAAUCUCAUCUGAAUAAUUUCUGGGAGAACCAAUCUUCAAGGAUGGGCAAUCAUGAUCCUGCUUAUGUGGAUGAGCUAUCUGACGCAGGACAAAAGUUCAUUCCACCUCAUGUCUGCCAUCCAAAAACAUCACCUUGGUUUGAUCUGAGGGUAUUUUAUAUCAGAGUGAGCAAUUGCUCAAUUGAGAAAACCCCUCCUGCUUAUCUUACACUUAAUCACAUUCCACUUUCUCCUGAUACCAUCCUCAAAGUGAAUGGUAGGAGAAGCAGCAUAUAUGCUGAUCAAGUUUCAUCAUCACUUCGAAGGGAUAGGAUUGAUAAGUCAUCUGAAGAAGCUACAUUUGUUAGUACGGAGAGUAUUAGCAUGACUGGAAGUGUGAGAUUUGAGGUCUAUGAUAAAGAUCUUCUUUUGCUUACUGGUGUCCUAGAACUUCGUAACUCUAAUGGGUUCGCAAGGGAAACAAAGAAACAUUCAAACAAAUGGAGCAUGAAUUGUCAAACUGCAAAAUCAGCCAAUACAAGUUUCCUGAAGAGUAUGAAUAAUCUUAAAGCAGACUUGAACAUUCCUACAGUUGAAGUAUAUGUUGCUGGCUGGUUCUCUGGUUCUCCCAUUAUUUUGGCAAAGAGUCUUCAGCUUGGUGUUCUCAAGAAGAAUCGUAGAAUGUUUCCAUUAGGCUCCAUUCCGGAGGAUGAGACAACAGAAGUAAAGAAAGAAGAACCACGUGAGGAUGCUUUGCAGACAUCCGAGCAUCCUCCUUUCAAAGAAGAGAGUGACUCCGAAAAUGAAUAUUGUGACAUCUACACAAGACAUGAAUAUUCAGAAACAGAAGAUGAACUUUCAUGGUUCAAUGCCGGAGUGAGAGUCGGUGUGGGGAUUGGCCUUGGCAUUUGCAUUGGCACUGGAAUAGGUGUAGGUCUGCUGGUCCGCAUGUACCAAGCCACCAACCGGAAUUUCAAGAGGCGAAUCAUCUGAUGCAGAGGUAAUCAGUUUCACCAUUAGUCCAUUACCAGCAGAUAUUAGCAUCUAAGUAAUGAAAUUUUGGUUUUAAAUCGCCUAGAGGAUAGAGAUGCAAACAUAUUCUAUUUAAUCUCGCUGGGUCCAGUGUGUACUCACCCUAUAACUAGGUUUGGCAAGCAUUGAUAAAGCAGCCAGCAUCAGCAUGAGGCGCACCCACAGACCCUGGAAGUGCAAAAGGACAAGACAACGUAAACUGCACCAGACCAACUGAUGGACUGGUCAAAAGAACGCAUGCUUUUGCCUUUCUAAACCCUCACAAACAAGGGCAAAGAUUCUAGCAGAUCUCAGCUCUAUCUUUGCUCCUGCACAGAAUUGACAUGAUCCACCAUGUGUUGUCCACAAACUAGGCAAAGCAUCAUCGACAACCAUUUCAAUUCUCUGUGGCUCCACUCAUUGAAACGUCAGAUGCCAUAUUAACAACUCGAGGAGGUAAAGAACAUCAUAAUCUCAUCCAUGGAUUCCUUUCCCUCCACAAUCCAUCCAGCAAAAGGCAGAAAGGGCCAUCCUGUUCUCUCCCUUUCUGCAGAAUAGAAACCUCUCCUCCCAAUUAAGCAAUCAUAGCCACACUGUUACACCUGUUGUCAGCAGUGAAACAGAGACUCCCAUGUUCGCAUCCUUCAUCAUCCAAGUUCAGAAAUUUAUGCCCUGUUUACUCUGUAGUGCCAACAAAAGAAUGAAAAUGAAUCAAUGGUGAAAAAUUAUCCUCAGGAGAAGGGGAAGAGAAAGGCCAAAAAAAAAAAAAAAAAAAAAAGAUAAAAGAAAGAAACGACAAAGGAUGAGAGGGAAAAGAAUGCUUAGGCGGCUCAUGAUUUGCUCGAGUUUGCUGUUGUGGUGCUGUGAGCUCACAAUGGCUGUGGGAGGGUGAGUCAUUGUGAACUUGCGGUGACAACAAAGAGGCUGCGAGUUCAUGGCAUUGCUGUUAACUUGUACAGUCUCAUCCCUCGUCAUGGUUGGAGAGGCAACAAUCGUGGCCUCAUCGCGAGUUCACGGCAAGGCCGUGAUGGUCUUGACAGAUGCGGAGAGGUCAGUCGUGGCCCUCGCCUGUUGUGAUGGCCAUGGAGAGGCCGAUCUUGGCUUCGACUUGUGCGAUAGCUGUGGAGAGGACAAUCAUGGUCUUGUCGUGAGUCCACGUAGAGGAGAGUUGCAAUCUUGUCGCAAGUCUCGUGAUAGUACAAAGCGGUUGAUCGUGUCCUCACCCCUCACGACGACGGCAGAGAGGCGGUCAGGCGGAUCACGGCCUCAUCUCUCAUGAUGGCCACCGCCCUCGAGGCGAACUUGUGCUGUCAUUGACUUUUGUUUUGGAAAAAUUCUUUGUAAUUGGCAAGGAGGGAUAGAGAGUUUGUUCCGAUCAAUUUCAGGUGGACGAAAAAGGAUAAAAAAAAAUAAUCAGUGACGAA